AUGGACCAUUGCCUCAGUCACAGUGAAGCAGCUCUCUUUCCCAAGCUCUCAAUUUUCGCCAACUCCAAGCCGUAUUUGUCGAAACCAAACCACUUUAGCUUCUUCCUCUACUCUAAGAAGCUCGGAGCCAGAACCGCCGCGCCCUCUCUCCACCUCCGAUCAUGGCCCUCAAAGCUCGCCACUUUCACCAAGCACCAGAGCCGCCGAGUCAACUCGGUCCGGAGCGAGUCUUCACACGCCGGAGCUGCGGCGAACGGAGAGCCGCCGAAAGUGGGGAAGAGAACGGACAUAAAGAAGAUCCUGAUACUCGGAGCUGGGCCGAUUGUGAUAGGGCAAGCCUGCGAGUUCGAUUACUCGGGCACUCAGGCCUGCAAGGCUCUCAAGGAGGACGGAUACGAGGUCGUUUUGAUCAACUCGAACCCGGCCACCAUCAUGACCGACCCGGACUUGGCUGACAGGACUUACAUUACGCCGAUGACGCCCGAGCUGGUCGAGCAAAUCCUCGAGAAGGAGCGGCCCGACGCUCUGUUGCCCACCAUGGGUGGCCAGACAGCGUUGAACCUUGCCGUGGCGUUGGCCGAGAGCGGCGCUCUGGCCAAAUACGGCGUCGAAUUGAUUGGAGCGAAGCUGGAGGCAAUAAAAAAAGCAGAGGACAGAGACUUGUUCAAGCAGGCCAUGAAGAACAUCGGAGUCAAGACACCGCCGUCUGGGAUUGCCACGACGCUUGAUGAAUGUAUCAAAAUUGCUCAUGAAAUCGGAGAGUUUCCGUUGAUUAUUCGGCCUGCGUUUACUUUGGGCGGGACUGGAGGGGGCAUUGCUUAUAACAAAGAUGAGUUUGAGGACAUUUGCAAGGCCGGGAUAGCGGCAAGUGUGACGUCUCAAGUUUUGGUGGAGAAAUCGUUGUUGGGUUGGAAGGAGUAUGAGCUUGAGGUGAUGAGAGACUUGGCUGAUAAUGUGGUGAUUAUAUGUUCCAUUGAGAAUAUUGACCCAAUGGGGGUUCAUACUGGGGACUCAAUCACUGUGGCUCCUGCUCAGACUUUGACUGAUAAGGAGUAUCAGCGGCUGAGGGAUUAUUCCAUUGCUAUCAUAAGGGAGAUUGGAGUGGAAUGUGGUGGUUCUAAUGUGCAGUUUGCGGUUAAUCCUGUAGAUGGUGAGGUUAUGGUGAUUGAGAUGAACCCAAGGGUCUCGCGGUCCUCAGCUCUUGCUUCCAAAGCUACUGGCUUUCCAAUUGCGAAAAUGGCUGCCAAGUUGUCAGUUGGGUAUUCCUUGGAUCAGAUACCUAAUGACAUUACAAAGAAGACACCGGCUAGUUUUGAGCCUUCCAUAGAUUAUGUGGUAACCAAGAUUCCCCGGUUUGCAUUUGAAAAAUUUCCUGGUUCACAGCCCAUAUUGACUACCCAAAUGAAAUCUGUUGGUGAGUCAAUGGCACUGGGUCGCACAUUUCAAGAGUCCUUUCAGAAAGCAGUUCGAUCUUUGGAAUGUGGGUUCUCUGGAUGGGGCUGUGCGAAAAUUAAGGAACUUGACUGGGAUUGGGAACAGUUGAAGUAUAGCCUCCGAGUUCCUAACCCAGACCGCAUCCAUGCCAUAUAUGCUGCAAUGAAGAAGGGGAUGAAGGUAGAUGAUAUUCAUGAGUUGAGUUACAUUGACAAAUGGUUCCUCACACAGCUUAAGGAGCUGAUAGCUUUUGCCACUAAAGCCACUGAAAAGGACGUCCGGUUGAAGAGGCUAUCUUUAGGUGUUGCUCCGGCAUAUAAGCGGGUGGAUACGUGUGCUGCGGAGUUUGAGGCCAAUACUCCUUAUAUGUACUCUUCCUAUGACUUUGAGUGUGAAGCAGCUCCCACCCAGAGGAAGAAGGUUUUGAUUUUAGGUGGAGGACCAAAUCGAAUCGGUCAGGGGAUAGAGUUUGACUACUGUUGUUGCCAUACGUCCUUUGCCCUUCAGAAAGCAGGAUAUGAGACCAUUAUGAUGAAUUCAAAUCCUGAAACAGUAUCCACAGAUUAUGACACGAGUGACCGUCUAUAUUUUGAGCCACUGACUGUUGAAGAUGUGCUGAACAUAAUUGAUUUGGAAAAACCUGAUGGCAUCAUUGUGCAGUUUGGAGGUCAAACACCAUUGAAGUUGUCUCUUCCUAUCCAGCAGUAUCUAGAUGAGAACAAGCCUAAAUGUGCAAGUGCAUCUGGAUAUGUACGCAUUUGGGGUACUUCACCUGCUAACAUAGAUGCUGCUGAGGACAGGGAGAAGUUCAAUACAAUCCUUAAUGAGUUAAAGAUUGAACAACCAAAAGGAGGAAUUGCCAAGAGCGAAGCUGAUGCUAUUGCCAUUGCAAAGGACAUUGGGUACCCAGUUGUUGUCCGGCCUUCCUACGUAUUGGGUGGCCGAGCCAUGGAAAUUGUAUAUAGUGAUGACAAACUUGCGACCUACCUCGAAAAUGCUGUUGAGGUGGACCCGGAACGCCCUGUAUUGAUUGACAAGUAUCUAUCCGAUGCAAUUGAGAUUGAUGUUGAUGCACUUGCCGACUCUCAGGGUAACGUUGUCAUUGGUGGAAUAAUGGAGCACAUUGAGCAGGCUGGGGUCCAUUCUGGUGACUCUGCUUGCUCGAUUCCAACAAAAACCAUCCCUGCUUCUUGCUUGGAGACAAUUAGGUCAUGGACUAUAAAAUUGGCUAGGAGGCUGAAUGUGUGUGGGCUGAUGAACUGUCAGUAUGCAAUUACAUUGUCUGGAGAUGUUUUCUUACUUGAAGCAAACCCUCGUGCUUCCCGUACCGUCCCAUUUGUGUCCAAGGCGAUUGGACAUCCAUUGGCUAAAUAUGCUUCCCUUGUCAUGUCUGGGAAGUCUCUUCAUGAUAUAAGUUUCACAAAAGAGAUAAUUCCUGCACAUGUGUCAGUAAAAGAAGCUGUUCUCCCAUUUGAGAAAUUCCAAGGCUGUGAUGUGUUGCUGGGGCCUGAGAUGCGUAGCACUGGUGAGGUGAUGGGUAUUGAUUAUGAGUUUCCCAUUGCAUUUGCCAAGGCUCAGAUUGCUGCGGGGCAGAAGCUACCACUUUCUGGCACUGUCUUCCUCAGCUUAAAUGAUUUGACCAAACCUCAUCUUGAAAAGAUUGCGACAGCCUUUUUAGGGCUUGGAUUUAAGAUUGUUUCAACUUCUGGGACAGCUCAUAUUCUUGAGUUAGCAAAAAUUCCAGUGGAACGAGUGCUGAAGCUGCAUGAAGGGCGGCCUCAUGCUGCUGAUAUGGUUGCUAAUGGGCAAAUCCAGUUAAUGGUGAUCACAAGUUCAGGCGAUGCACUUGAUCAGAUUGAUGGACGGCAACUAAGGAGGUUGGGCCUUGCUUACAAAAUUCCAGUAAUAACAACAAUUGCCGGAGCUUUAGCAACUGCCGAAGCAAUAAGGAGUCUAAAGUCCAGCACUGUUAAGAUGAUUGCACUUCAGGACUUCUUUGAUGAUGAGAGCAAAGCUGGGAGUGAUAAAAAGUUACAGUCAGUCUCCUCUUCUCUGUGA